AUGUCGAACUGCUUCCAAGUUCCAAGCGACAACACCGAUGAUGAUGAUGAGGAAGAGGCGGAAGACAACGACGAUGACGAGGGCAUUGCGGUCAAGAAGAACUGCUCGAAUGACAAUACCGAAGAGGAAGAGCAGGAGGAGAACGAGAAGAACGAGGAGAACAAGAAGAACGAGGAGAACGAGGACGAGGGCGCCGUGAACAAGAAGUCAGUAUGA